AUGGCGGAGCUCGCUGUGCAGAUGGGCAAAGGACCAGAGGCGGAACAGUUUGAUCUCUCGCGCCUCGAAAACUUCCCCUAUGGCACCCCUAAGUCCCCGACGAUGAGCUAUCUUAGCCCGCUGAUCGGCAAGAAUUCUCUCGUUUCGAUCAAUGGCGAGAUGUGGAAGACUCUCCGAAAGCGAUUCAACUCGGGGUUUGCUCCUCAGCACCUCCUCAAACUCCUCCCUAAUAUCAUCGAGAAGGUCCCACCCUUCCUCGACCACCUCGACCGCUUCGCCGAGACUGGCGAAACUGCCCUGCUAAGCGACUACACGACGAAUCUGACCUUUGACAUCAUUGGCAUGGCCACGAUGGAUAUGGACUUCGCCGCCCAGAAACCGCCUGCGGAGCGCGGAGAACUCGUGACUCUCUAUAUCGAGCUUGUCGACUCUUUCAAGGCCUUGGAGGACACCCCCGUUUCCCCGUGGCUUUUGCACCCCAUGGUGGCGAUGCGCCAAGUCCAAAUCGCCCGCCGCAUCGACCCCAUGAUCAAAACGCGAAGUGUGCUUUCGUUGGCCCUCGAGGGCGUUGACAACCUGACCGACGAUAUCCUGCAACAAACAUGCGAUAACCUCAAGACUUUCCUUUUCGCCGGUCACGACACGACGAGUAUUCUGCUGCAGUGGUCGUUCUACGAGCUAGAGCGGUCGCCCAAGGUCGCUGAAGCGCUGUGCGCGGAGCUGGACGAGCUCUUCGGACCCGACACGGACCCCGAAGUCGUGAUGAAGGCAUUGGCAGAGCGCGGGGACGAGAUCAUGAACAAGAUGACGUAUACCUCGGCUUUCAUCAAGGAGAUUCUCAGGCUGUACCCACCCGGCGGCUCUGCGCGCCUAGUACCUCCCGGCACCGGCCUGUUUGUGACGGCGCCUGGCGGCAAGUCGUACUGCCUUGACGGCAUGCUCAUCUACUUGUGUCCCACCGUGAUACAGCGCGACCCUGAGGUCUUUGGACCCACCUGCAACGAUUUCCUACCCGAGCGGUGGAUCGGCGACUCGGACACCAGCAUGCGGACUAACAGCGGCCUUGUGGUCGGUGACGGCGACAAGGCGUCAGCGGGCGGGAGUACGGCGGGAGCCGGGAAGAAGACGCCACCCAGCGCAUGGCGCCCGUUUGAGAGGGGUCCUAGGAACUGCAUCGGGCAGGAGCUGGCCAACAUCGAGUCCAAGAUCAUCCUUGCGUGCGUAGCGCGGAGAUAUGAGUUUGUCAAGGUCGGCGUUGGGGCGAUCAAGAGGGACGAGGCGGGCGAAAAGGUCAUGGGGGAUAAUGGCAAAUACGUGGCAGAGACAGAGCUGUACAGCAGCCGACAAAUCACCGCGAAGCCUGUCGACGGCCUGGUAGCCAAAGUGAGGCUCAAGCCUGGUGCCAAGUCUAGAACCUCUUGA